UCAUGAUUUCAACACAUUCAUUAUCAAAGAGGCAAAAGCAAAAAAUAUGUUUAAACUCAGUCUCGUUCUCGUAUUUCUUACUGCAUUUUCAGGAAUAGAUGCAAAUCCGGUUAAAUACCAUAAUCCUAGCUGCUCAGGGAAUAUGUCAGCGACAGAUGUAGACCUAGUUCAUUUAGCAAUGAACGUGGAGUUCAUCGAAGCCGAAUUCUUCCUGAAAGCGUCUACCGGAAAAGGACUCGAUUCGUUUAAUGCAACACUUGCUAAAGGCGGACCACCCCCGAUUGGAGCCAAGAAGGCCAAUCUUGAUCCUAUAACUAAUCGAAUCAUCGAGGAGUUUGGUUAUCAGGAAGUUGGCCAUCUUAGGGCGAUUGCGGAUAUGACGGGAGGGAUUCCGCGUCCGCUGUUGAAUCUAACGAGAGAGAACUUUGCCAUGUUUAUGGACAGAGCGGUUGGGCGUAGAUCAAACCCGCGGUUCGAUCCUUAUGCGAAUUCACUCAACUAUCUUUUAGCAUCAUACUACAUCCCUUAUGUUGGCCUCACUGGUUAUGUCGGAGCCAUCCCUUACCUUGUCUACUUCAACAUCAAACGGCUUGUGGCGGGUCUUUUGGGGGUGGAAUCGGGUCAAGACGGAGUAAUAAGGACGCUCCUUUACGAGAGACAGUACGAGAAGGUGGAGGAAUACGGAGGAGUCACGGUGGCUGAGCUAACCAACGAGAUAUCUAACCUCCGUAAUGAACUCGGUAUGUGCGGGAUCAAAGACGAAGGCUUGUGCGUGCCACUGUGGCUAGGUGCGGAAAAUCGCACCACUAGCAACAUCCUCUCCGCCGAUCCAUACUCUCUCUCUUAUGACCGAACACCACAAGAAAUCCUCAGGGUCAUGUACGGCACCGGCAAUGAGCGCCGGCCCGGUGGGUUUUGGCCGUGUGGUGCCAACGGGAGGAUCGCCAGGAUGUUUCUUGAUGAGAGGUAUCAUGGUAAUUAGUAUUACGAUGCAUGUUCAGAUGGCAAAAAUUAAAAACUUCUAUUGAUAUACUACUAGAAAAUAAAAAUAAUUGUUAAGAUUGUAUUAUCAUUCUUAACAAUAUUAUAAUUCUGUGUUUAACAAAAUAAAGAAACACCUGGUUCUUAUAAUGUAUCAGAGCGAAGAAGAGUUGGUAAUGUACUACUAUAUAUAUGCCUAAGCUUGAGAUUCACA